AUGCCUUUGAGGGGACCACAAACUCUCAACUGGAGGUCCAGCAAGCAUGCACCUAGGAAUGGCUGUUACCUGGGGACAUCCUCCCUGUGCGGCUCAGACACCAGUACCACUGACUUGCCUUCUUUGCUCUUCCUUUCACAGUCCUCAGUAUGCUCCAAGAUCGUCCAGCUUUUGGGCCAGAAUGAAGUGGACUACCGCCAGAAGCAAGUAGUGAUUGUGAGCCAAGACAGCUUCUAUCGGGUCCUCACCUCAGAGCAGAAAUCCAAAGCGCUCAAAGGCCAGUUCAAUUUUGACCACCCAGAUGCCUUUGACAACGAGCUGAUCGUGAAAACGCUCAAAGAGAUCACGGAAGGGAAGACGGUCCAGAUUCCUGUCUAUGACUUUGUCUCCCACUCCAGGAAAGAGGAGACGGUGACUGUCUACCCUGCCGACGUGGUGCUCUUCGAAGGCAUUUUGGCCUUCUACAGCCAGGAGGUGCGGGAUCUCUUCCGCAUGAAACUCUUUGUGGACACGGAUGCAGACACUCGGCUGUCCCGCAGAGUGCUACGAGACAUCAGUGAGCGAGGCAGGGACCUUGAGCAGAUCUUGUCUCAGUACAUCACCUUCGUCAAGCCUGCCUUCGAGGAGUUCUGUUUGCCAACCAAGAAGUAUGCUGACGUGAUCAUUCCCAGAGGAGCAGAUAAUGAAGUGGCCAUCAACCUGAUAGUGCAGCACAUCCAGGACAUUCUUAAUGGAGGACUCAGCAAACGUCAGAGCAACGGCUACCUGAAUGGCUACACUCCUCCCCGUCAGCGGCAGCCCUCAGAGUCCAGCAGCCGGCCUCACUGACCCCAGGCGGCAGGCGUGAGGCUGGGGGCAGAGGGCACUCUGGCCCUGCCACUGCCCCUCUGUACAUACUGUCCGUUCAUUCCCCCCUUAUCUAUUUAAGAAACCAGACAGAGACGAAUGCCUUUUAAUUUUGUAUGUUGGAAAUGCCGAAUGAGAAGCAGCCGGCUGCUUGGGAGCCUGGACCGCCCACAGCUCCUGGCCUUGCUCAAUAACUCCUCCAGCACGGAACCGGCUAUAAAUCUCUAUAAAUAUAGAAUUGCUCUAUUUUUGUGUAAAUGCAGAAUAACGUAAAA